AUGUUGUCGGCGAGUUUGAAGAGUCACUCUGCGGGAGUUUUGCGUGUCGGCCAAGGGUGUUUGGCUGGGAGACGGCUGUUGGCGACGGUGGCGAAGGAUAGGCUGAAUGAGUCAGAUUUGGUGGAGAUCGAGUUGCCAGAGUCUUCUUUCGAGGGCUACAUGCUGGACGUGCCGGAUUUGAAGUAUACGACGACGAAGGGAUCGCUGUUGCAGAUGUACAAGGACAUGAUUGUCAUCCGGAGGAUGGAGAUGGCGUGUGAUGCGCUGUACAAGGCUAAGAAGAUACGCGGGUUCUGCCACCUGUCGGUGGGACAGGAGGCGAUCGCGGUGGGGAUCGAGAAUGCGAUCACGAAGCGGGACACGGUGAUCACGUCGUACCGUUGCCACGGGUUCACGUACAUGAGGGGCGCGCCCGUGCAGGCGGUCCUUGCCGAGCUGAUGGGCAGAAGAGCGGGAGUGUCGUACGGGAAGGGAGGGUCGAUGCACAUGUACGCUCCCGGGUUCUACGGCGGGAACGGUAUCGUCGGGGCGCAGGUGCCUCUCGGGGCCGGGCUGGCGUUUGCGCACCAGUACAGGAACGAGGACGCGUGCUCGUUCACGCUGUACGGGGACGGAGCGUCGAACCAGGGCCAGGUGUUCGAGGCGUUCAACAUGGCCAAGCUGUGGAACCUGCCCGUGGUGUUCUGCUGCGAGAACAACAAGUACGGGAUGGGCACGUCCGCGGCGAGAUCCUCUGCGAUGACCGAGUAUUUCAAGCGCGGCCAGUACAUCCCCGGGCUGAAGGUCAACGGCAUGGACAUCCUGGCCGUGUUCCAGGCGUCCAAGUUCGCCAAGGACUGGUGUGUCUCCGGGAACGGCCCGCUGGUGCUCGAGUACGAGACGUACAGAUACGGCGGCCACUCCAUGUCGGACCCCGGCACCACCUACAGGACCAGGGACGAGAUCCAGCACAUGAGAUCCAAGAACGACCCGAUCGCGGGGCUCAAGAUGCAUCUGUUGGAGCUGGGCAUCGCUACCGAGGAGGAGGUCAAGGCGUACGACAAGGCCGCCAGAAAGUACGUCGACGAGCAGGUCGAGCUGGCCGACGCGGCGCCUGCUCCAGAGGCCAAGUUGUCCAUCCUGUUCGAAGAUGUCUACGUCAAGGGCACCGAGACCGAGACUUUGAGAGGCAGAAUCACCGAGGACACCUGGGAUUUCCAGAAACAGGGCUUCGCUAACAGAGAUUAG